UCGGUAUAUGUACUUUGAAAAAUGUUUGCAUUAGUUACUUUCACAGCUUCAGUUUUAAUUUAACCGGACAGGAUAUGGGAGGAAAUGCAGACAAAAUGAAGUUGAAACUCAAAUUGAAAUGAAAUUAGAGAGAGAGAAAAAAAGGCUAUAUAAACACCUCCUCCGCUACGCUCAAAGCUUAUGCCCAAGCAAAACCAGGUUCCAAACAAGAACAGGAACAAGAAGCGCAAAUGGCCAAGGGUCGAAAAUUCCCCGCCACGGCCCGAAGCGAGCGCUUCUUCGGAACAAUCUACUCAUCUCAGGGCUCCGCCGCCGUCGAACCCUCCGAGUUCCGGGAAGAGGACGUGUGGUCCACGCUGGAAGACCGUGAAGGAGACGUCAAUGCCUCGCCGGGACAGUGGGAGCCACGCGAGUGGCCGCGGCGUCGGAACACCAGGGAACACCAGGGGCACCCUCACGUGGGGGGUUUGUCGUUGGCAUUCGAGGAUCCGAAUGGGUCAAGUGGCGGCGGUGGUGGUGGUGCCACGAGAAUCGUGCACCACCAGUACCGCGCGCAGCACGACACCGUGUCGUCGUCGCCACGUGGUCGCCAUCACCAAAUGGCCACGUCAGCUCCCGUGAACGUGCCCGACUGGAGCAAGAUCCUCCGUGUCGACUCGGUCGAAUUGAUGCACGAGAUGGACGACGGCUUCGACGACAACGACCCCGAGAUGGUUCCGCCGCACGAGUACCUGGCGCGCAGCCGCCAGAUGGCAUCGAACUCAGUAUUCGAGGGCGUGGGGCGCACGUUAAAGGGCCGCGACAUGAGACGAGUUCGCGAAGCCGUUUGGAGCCAGACCGGGUUCGACGGCUGAGUUGUUUCCUCCGGUUUGAUUUUUGGAACAUUCGAUCUUUAUAGUUAGUUAUGAUGGGUGGUGGGCGAUUUAAAAAUUUUGGGGAAUUUAAAAAGAAAAAAUUAAACAGAUAGAUUUUUUUGGGGUUAUUAUUAUUAAAAUUGAAUGAGUGAUGGAGUCGGGUUAAUAGAGUCCGACCCGGAGGUGAUUGGUGGGAGAAAGAAAGUAGAUCUGUAUUGUAUUGGAGGUAGCACAUGAGAUGUUAUAAAAUCUGUUUUGGGAUAAUUUGAUAUUCUGGUUGAAUUGAAGUCAUAAUAAUAAUAAGAAUAUUUUAGCAUUGAAAGUUGGAUGAGAAGGAGACAAAGGAGGGAGCAUGAAGCAUGAAAUUUUUAUUAACUAAACAAAGUCUCUAACGGAACUUGGGUUGGUUGGUUCUUGUGCAAAUUCUCAGAAUCACAUAUAUUCUCCAAGUUUAUCACCUUUUCCAAACAAUAACCUAAUUUCUUUUUUAUGAUUUUGUAAUAAUUAAGUAAAUAUAUAUACACGCCUUACAUUGGAAGGAAAAAUAAAAACUCACACACUCAGCAGUUAGUUUAUGUUACAGUCGCAUAUUCCCCGCAUAAAAUCUGAAAUGUUUUAUUUUGUUGAUUAUAAUGUUGUUUUGUUUUAAAAGAAAUGGAAGGAAGGAAAUGAGUAUAUUCGAUUAGAAUUUAUUGUUUGAAAAUGGUUGUUUUGCAUGAAAAUGACGCAACUGAAACUCUCUUUCUUUCUUUUUUUACUUUAACAAGAAAUAACAAUUUGGCUUUGCAUUACAUAAUCAAAAAGGGGAAGUGAGUGGUUAUUAAGUAUGAGGAAUCCCCUUCUAAACUCUCAAAGGAUCAUUCUCACCUCCUGCCUUUUCUACUCAUGCUUCUACUUCUUCAAUUUCCACUUCCACCAUAUCUUUCACCUUGCCACUUCCAAAAUCUU